CUUGUGGUAGACCCCAGAACUGAGGCCCCAGGAUGGCAGAACCUGAGACCCUGUCCCUGCUGGAAUUGAAGGGGCCUGAGACGCCCAAGAGCCCACCUCAGGCUUUGGUCCCCAAUGGCCGGCAGCCAGAAGGGGAAUGUGGAACCGAGUCCCCUGGAGCUGAGUCCCUCAGAGCCGAGUCUGCAGUUGGCUCUCCCAUGGCCAGAGAUGGAACUGAAGAUGGUCUAGACAGUACAGUAAGUGAGGCUGCCACCUUGCCCUGGGGGACUGAACCCCAGCCCAGUGCCCCGUUCCCGGAUCCCCCUGGCUGGAAGGUCAUCGAACCAGAGCCUCUGGAGUCAGAGCCACUUACCAAGCCAGAGGAGCCACCUGACGAUGAUGCCAACCUGCUCCCUGAAAAGGCGGCCCGGGCCUUUGUGCCCAUCGACUUACAGUGCAUUGAGAAGCGGCCCCAGGAGGACCUCAUUGUGCACUGUGAGGCGAGCGAGGGCAAGCGCCAGGCCUUCCUGCCCACCCGGGCCACCCAUCCAGAGCCCCUUGAGCGAAAGUGGGCUGAGGCCAUUGUGAGGCCGCCUGGCCGAUCCUGUGGGGGCUGCGGGAGCUGUGGAGGCCGCGAGGGGAUAAGGGCGGUGGCCUCCGUGGGAGCGGCCCUCAUCCUCUUCCCCUGCCUUCUGUAUGGGGCCUAUGCCUUCCUGCCCUUUGAUGCCCCACGGCUGCCCACCCUGAGUUCCCGCCUGGUCUACACACUGCGCUGCGGGGUCUUUGCCACCUUCCCCAUUGUGCUGGGGCUCCUGGUGUACGGGCUGAGCCUGUUGUGCUUUUCCGCCCUCCGGCCCUUUGGAGAGCCCAGGCGAGAGGUGGAGAUCCACCGGCGGUACGUGGCCCAGUCCGUCCAGCUCUUCAUCCUGUACUUCUUCAACCUGGCCGUGCUGUCCACCUACCUGCCCCAGGACACCCUCAAGCUGCUCCCUCUGCUCACUGGUCUCUUUGCCAUCUCCCGGCUGAUAUACUGGCUGACCUUCGCCGUGGGACGCUCCUUCCGAGGCUUCGGCUACGGCCUGACGUUCCUGCCGCUGCUGGCCAUGCUGGUGUGGAACCUCUACUACAUGUUCGUGGUGGAGCCAGAGCGCAUGCUCACUGCCUCCGAGAGCCGCCUGGACUACCCCGACCACGCCCGCUCCGUCUCCGACUACAGGCCACGGCCCUGGGGCUGA